GCCAGCGGCUGGCCGCUUAAAAAAAUAUUUAUAAAAAAUUAUAUAUACAAAAAAAUUUAAUCGAAUUUAAGCAAGUACAGGAAGACAAUGGCUCGGUUGAUUUCGGGAGUCCGUACACUAUUCCGUCAGUAUCCAUUCGUGACCAACAGCGCAAUCUAUGGGAGUCUAUAUGUGGGCGCCGAAUACUCGCAGCAAUUCGUAUCGAAACGCUGGCUGGCCCCGGCGCCCGAGAAGGAGGAUAUCGAUUAUGCAACAAUAGGAAGAUAUGCUGUGAUGGGCACCGCAGUAUAUGCCCCAACCCUUUUUUUUGGUUUGUACAAAUGGUUAGAUCGCGUUUUUCCAGGCACUGCCAAAAUCGUUAUAGUAAAAAAAUUGGUAUUGGAUCAAUUUGUUUUAACGCCUUAUCUACUGACUGUUUUUUAUGCAGGCAUGUCCAUUAUGGAGGGCUCUGAGGAUACUUUCCUGGAAUUGCGUGAGAAGUUCGUGCCGACCUUCGUGCGUUCUUGUAUUUUCUGGCUGCCUGCCCAGGCCUUGAACUUUUCACUGGUGGCGCCCCGGUUCCGUGUUAUUUAUAUGGGUGUUUGCGGUCUGAUCUGGGUGAAUAUUCUGUGCUGGACCAAGCGGCAGAGUCUACCGGUGGCCACCAAGUCAAACGCAACCGAAACAACAGCAUCUGUAGCUUCCAUAAGGAACUCCGAAGUCUGACAGUCUAAUAUUCAGAAUAUACCCGUGUAUAUAGUCAUAGAUAGAUUUUGACAAUGUUUUGGCAAAUAAAGUCAGACGCGAAGAUA